AAGGCUCCAAACCCUUUUAUGAUCAUAAACCCCUUUAAGAGUGAGUGAUGGAUUUCCCUCCAGUGAAUCGCACACACAAGGGGCCUAAAACCCAGGAGGAACUUGUGUCCAUCCCGGAGAUUGCUGCAGGAGUCAUGAGGUGCCCUGCGUGUCACCAGCUUGACCCCCUCCGGCCACUUACUCUGCCAUCGCCUGCAGUGGGCCUGGACCAUCCAUGAGGAGGAAACUUAGCUCUUUGAAGAGAAAGUGGUUCCUUAUUGCAGCACUGGCCUCUGCAGGAAGGGGGCAUGGAUGAGAACGUUUGGUCCAGGUGAUCAGAACUGAGGCCAGUUUUGUGACAGCAUUGUGGUUAGGUCCAGCAUGCCUCCGCCCAGAACAAGGGAGGACAGGGGUCACCGGGAUCGGCACCGGGCUCCCCGUGAGGAGGAGGAGGCCCCAGAGAAAUGGGACUGGAAUUGUCCAGAGACCCGGCAUCUGUUCGAGGAUGCCUUCUUCCGUGACGAGGAUUACAUCCGCCAGGGUUCCGAGGAGUGCCAGAAGUUCUGGGCCUUCUUUGAACGCUUACAGAGGUUCCAGCAUCUCAAGACCACCAGGAAGGAGGACAGAGACCCCGGGCAUCCCAAGCACAGCAUCCCAGCGCUGGCCGACCUACCUGGUGCUUACGACCCACGUUACCGCAUCAACCUUUCCGUCCUUGGCCCUGACAUUCGGGGCUCUCGGAGGCUGGGCAGGCACCUGCCCCCGGAGAGAGUGUCCGAGUUCCGCCAGGCCCUGUUGCACUACCUGGACUUUGUCCAGAAGCAGGCGUUCGGGAGGCUGGCCAAACUGCAGCGUGAGCGGGCGGCGCUCCCCAUCGCCCAGUACGGGCACCGCAUCCUGAAGACACUGAAGGAGCAUCAGGUGGUGGUGGUGGCAGGUGACACAGGCUGUGGCAAGUCCACGCAGGUGCCCCAGUACCUGCUGGCCGCUGGCUUCAGUCACGUGGCAUGCACCCAGCCCCGGAGAAUCGCCUGCAUCUCGCUGGCCAAGCGCGUUGGCUUUGAGAGCCUCAGUCAGUAUGGCUCACAGGUUGGCUACCAGAUCCGCUUCGAGAGCACGUGUUCGGCGGCUACCAAGAUUGUGUUCCUGACGGUGGGGCUGCUCCUGAGGCAAAUCCAGCGGGAGCCCAGCCUGCCGCAGUACCAGGUCCUGAUCGUGGAUGAAGUCCACGAGCGGCACCUCCACAACGACUUCCUCCUGGGCGUCCUUCGGCGCCUGCUGCCCAAGCGGCCUGACCUCAAGGUCAUCCUCAUGUCAGCCACCAUCAACAUCUCGCUCUUCUCCAGCUACUUCGGCAGUGCCCCUGUGGUGCAGGUGCCCGGGAGGCUCUUUCCCAUCACGGUUGUGUACCAGCCGACUGAGGCAGAGCCGUCAGUGUCCAAGUCGGAGAAGCUGGACCCGCGGCCCUACCUGAGGGUUCUGGAGGCCAUUGACAACAAGUACCCACCCGAGGAGCGGGGCGACCUCCUGGUCUUCCUCAGCGGCAUGGCGGAGAUCAGCGCCGUGCUCGAGGCCGCCCAGACCUAUGCCAGCCACACCCAGCGCUGGGUGGUGCUGCCGCUGCACAGCGCCCUCUCUGUGGCCGACCAGGACAAGGUAUUUGAUGUGGCCCCCCCUGGAGUCCGGAAGUGCAUCCUCUCCACCAACAUCGCCGAGACCUCAGUCACCAUUGAUGGGAUCCGCUUUGUAGUCGAUUCUGGGAAGGUGAAGGAGAUGAGCUACGACCCCCAGGCCAAACUGCAGCGGCUGCAGGAGUUCUGGAUCAGCCAGGCCAGUGCCGAGCAGCGGAAGGGCCGGGCGGGCCGCACAGGCCCCGGCGUCUGCUUCCGCCUCUACGCUGAGUCCGACUACGAUGCCUUCGCCCCCUACGCUGUGCCGGAGAUUCGGAGGGUCGCCCUGGACGCGCUGGUACUGCAGAUGAAGAGCAUGAGCGUGGGAGACCCCCGAACCUUCCCCUUCAUCGAGCCCCCCCCACCAGCCAGCCUGGAAACGGCCAUCCUCUACCUCCGGGACCAGGGGGCUCUGGACAGCUCCGAGGCCCUCACCCCUAUCGGGUCCCUGCUGGCCCAGCUGCCUGUGGACGUCGUGAUUGGGAAGAUGCUGAUCCUGGGCUCCAUGUUCCACCUGGCGGAGCCCGUGCUCACGAUCGCGGCCGCCCUCAGCGUCCAGUCGCCCUUCACCCGCAGCGCCCAGAACAACCCGGAAGGUGCGGCAGCGCGGCGGCCCCUGGAGAGUGACCUGGGCGACCCCUUCACGCUCUUCAAUGUCUUCAACACCUGGGUGCAGGUGAAAUCUGAACGGAGCAGAAACUCCCGUAAGUGGUGCCGCCGCCGGGGCAUAGAGGAGCAUCGGCUGUAUGAGAUGGCCAACCUGCGGCGCCAGUUCAAGGAGCUGUUGGAGGACCACGGGCUGCUGGCCGGGACCCAGGCCGCGAAGCCGGGGGACAGCUACAGCCGGCUGCAGCAGCGCCGCGAGCGCCGGGAGCUGUACCAGCUGAAGCGCCAGCACGAGGAGGGUGGGGGGCGCAGGCGCAAGGUCCUGCGGCUGCAGGAGGAGGAGGAUGGCUGCUCCAGCGACGAGGACCGGGGCAAAGCCUCGCGGGCGGCCAGCGACAACGUGGACAUCCAGGAUGUGAAGUUUAAGCUGCGGCACAACCUGGAGCAGCUGCAGGCAGCCGCCAGCUCGGCCCAGGCCCUGACCCGGGACCAGAUGGCGCUGCUGAAGCUGGUGCUGGCCCGGGGCCUCUACCCGCAGCUCGCCAUCCCGGACCCGUUCAACAGCGGCCGCAAGGACUCGGACCAGAUUUUCCACACCCAGGCCAAGCAGGGCACCGUGCUGCACCCCACGUGCGUCUUCGCCAGCAGCCCCGAGGUGCUGCACACGCAGGAGCCGGAGGCCAGGGGCGCUGAAGGGAGCCGAGAUGACAAGGACAAGAUGAGCAGCAGGCACCAGCUCCUCACCUUCGUCUCCCUGCUGGAGACCAACAAACCGUACCUGGUGAACUGUGUCCGCAUCCCUGCUCUCCAGUCCCUCCUGCUGUUUAGUCGGUCCCUGGACACCAAUGGUGACUGCUCCCGCCUGGUGGCUGAUGGCUGGCUGGAGCUCCAGCUUGCCGACAGUGAAAGUGCAGUCCGGCUCCUGGCGGCCUCCCUGCGGCUCCGUGCCCGCUGGGAAAGUGCCCUGGACCGGCAGCUGGCCCAUCAGGCCCGUCGGGGGCAGCCGGCGAAAGAAGAGGAGGAGGAAGAGGAGGAGGCUCCGGUCAACCGCCAGGAGGUGGUGGCCCUGAGCAGAGAGCUGCUGCAGUUCACAGCAGCCAAGGUCCCCUACACUCUCCGGCGGCUCACGGGCCUUGAAGCCCAGAACCUCUACGUGGGACCCCAGACCAUCACCACCGCCCCCAGCCUCCCCGGCCUCUUCGGCAGCUCCACCCUGUCCCCCCACCCCACCAAAGGGGGCUACGCAGUCACCGACUUCCUCACCUACAACUGCCUCACGAGCGACACCGAUCUGUACAGCGACUGUCUCCGCACCUUCUGGACCUGCCCCCACUGCGGCCUGCACAUGCCCCUCACGCCCCUGGAGCGCAUCGCCCACGAGAACACCUGCCCCGAGGCCCCGCCGGCCGGCCCCCCAGGGGCUGAGGAAGCCGCCCCCGAGCCCCAGCAGAAGACGUCUGCCCUGCAGAGGCCUUACCACUGCGAGGCCUGUCAGAAAGACUUCCUGUUCACGCCCACGGAGGUGCUGCGGCACCGCAGGCAGCAUGUGUGAGCCCAGCGGGCGGGAGCCCAGGGCAGGGCUGCGGCCUCCACCCGAACCCCCAUCCUGCCCUCAGAACUACAGUCUGGAUGCCCCUCCCCACACACACUCAGUGGGGAGGGGUAUGAAUAAAGUCUGACAUUCUGA